AUGAAGGCAACACCUGCUAAUACUCAGUCAACAAUUAAUCUAUUUUAUAAAUCAUUCAAAAACGAACUUGCUAUUCCGAAUCGGAUUAGACAGGAAAUCAACGCUGCUUGUACUGAAUUAGUUGUGCUUGAUUGCCGACCGUUCAAGACAAUCAAUGGUAUGAGCUUUAGAAAUCUGGCACAAAACAUUUUCAAUGUUGGUCGAUGCUUACCCAUAUCGCAUGAAAUUAAUAUUAGAAAUUUACUUCCACACUCUUCGAUAGUUAGUCGACAUGCUGAUCAUUUAUACGACGAAAAACGUGAACAAUUAAUUACUAUUUGUCAGAAAAUGAUGAGAUAUGCUGAUGUUGUCGAUUUUUGGAAAGAUAAAUAUACAGCUAAUCUAAAGCCGGAUCCGGAUCCGAGCCCGGGAGGAUCCGAGCGAUUUCAAGAUAAAAAGCGAAGUAUUUCCCUCAAAUACGAUCUACAUACGAAAAUCAUUGUAUGCACUCGUGAAAAUGAAUACAUCACAAGUAGAAACAAAUUCUCACGGUGUUUGUCCCAAACUGAUUCCUAUUCCAUUGAUCAAAAAGCGAUUCGCUGUUCUUAUGGAACAACUCUUCGAGCAUCUACUCGAUCGAGUGCAACGUGGGAGAAAAAUACCAAAAUCAUUCCAGUUACAAGAACGCAACUACCCAUUGUACCUGCCCUCGCUUUAACUAUAUACAAGACGCAAGGGCUCACAAUGAACAAAAUCCUAGUCGAUCUUUACGUUCCACCUGGGACACUGCAAGUAGCAUCGAUAUAUGUACCACUAAGCAGAGUGAAGAACGGGCAUCAUACAGUUAUCUUUCGACCUCUCGACGUGAAGACACUACAACUUCAACCUACUUCUGCACAAGCCGCUGCACUGAAACGUUUGGAUGAACUUGACAAAAACAUAAAACAGGAGUGCACCUCUGCCAUGCUUUGA